AUGAAUCCUCUGGAGCAAGAUGCCGAGGAGGAACGCGAUCGGAGCAAGGACUCCGGAUUUAACGCGAAAGCCACCCUGUUGAGGAUGCUGGAGAGCGCGGCGACUACCUUCGCUUCCAUUGCCAUUCUAGGCGCGGCGGGAUACUCCUAUCAUCGGUACUACAAGCAUUUGAUACUGGAGAAGAUGGACAAUGCGUUCAGUCCCGGCGACCCAGCGCUCGAGGUUGCCGGUGUGGAACUUGGAAAGCACCGUUAUCACCACAACGAGCAUUGGAUCGUCCGGGAGGAGCAAUCGAGAAUUGACAGAAUUAUCGAAGGGAGGGCCGGUGGUCAUUACUACCUCAUCAUCGGCGAGAAGGGUACAGGGAAGACCUCUAUGCUUCUCGAGGCCAUGCGUAAGAACAAUGGCGAUGGAGUCGCCAUCUUCGAAGCGCAUGCAGAUCUGGAGAUUUUCCGGAUUAGGCUCGGGAAAGCCCUUGAUUAUGAGUUUCAUGAAGAUUAUAUCGGCAGUCUGUUUAGCAUCAGGGGUCCACGAGACACCACUGCACUGCUCGACAUUGAGCGGGCAUUCAACAAGCUAGAGAAGGUGGCACUCGCGAGAAGACGCGGCGGGUCAGCACCUUUGGUCCUGGUUGUAAACAGCACUCAUCUGGUCCGAGAUGAUCAUGAUGGCCAGGAUUUGCUGGAAAUGAUUCAGCAGAGAGCGGAGCAGUGGGCAGCCAGCGGCUUGGUCACUACAGUGUUUAACAGUGAUGAUUACUGGGUAUACGAACGCCUGAAGCGAAACGCUACGAGAAUGGAAGUCAUUCCGGUUCGCGAUCUGCCAAAAGGUGCCGCCAUGGCUGCACUCAAGAGAUACCGUAAGCGGUAUUUCGGCGAGGACCUGUCCGACGAUAUCCUCCAGACUAUCUACGACAAAGUCGGUGGACGACUGUCCUUUUUGAAUCGUGUUGCUAAGGCUAGGGACUACAUGAAGCUCUGCGAUAGCAUUUGUGAGGCGGAAAAGACAUGGUUCCUCAACCAGUGCUGGAUCCUUGGGGAAGAGAUGGACGACGAUGUCAUGGACCAGCAGAAAUAUGCGUCCGCUGCAAUGGUGUUGGCGAAAGCACUCGUGGACAAGGAACGGGAGAUGGAAAAGACCUAUGACCCUGAGAAGGGCCAUAUCUUACCGGAAAUUCCCCUUCACAAAGCGCGCCAGAUCAUGACCCGAGCCGAUUUCAUCCAAAACUACGACCAUGAGAACCUCUUCACGAUUGACUCCCGCGCCAUGGUCAGAGCGGAUUCGGUUCCUAUGCAGAACGCAUUUCGGGAGAUCUGCUCAGAGGAAGGGUUUGAUGAACAUCUAGAAGAAACUCUCAAGCGGAUCGGAGACAUCGAGAGUCUCGGACGUACCCGUGAGCUUACCAUCAAGGAUCUAUGGGAUAAGGGCAAAUACCAGAUUACGAUGCGAGACCACAAGGGUCGUGAGAGUGGAAGUGUCGAGUUUUCGGUUAUGGAACGAGAGAACGAGGACGAUUAA